AUGAUUACGACCGCCGAGUAUCCGAAGCGGCGCGCCAAGCGAAUGGAGAAACAACUGCUGCAGCUGCAGAAGAUCAAGAUUCCGAAUUUGAGCCGGAACCAGAGCCAGAAUCCCCCCGAGGAUAAAGUGAAGAAGCGCAAGCGCCAACAAACAAUUGAGAGAAUCAAGAAAACCAAGGACUUUGCUCGUCGCAAGGCACGAAAAACUGGCGAGCCUGAUGAUGAUGACGAUUGGAUUGCUAAUCAGAUCGCUGACGAUAAAGCGCGCCCAGCCCCUGGUCAGUUGGAGAAUUGCGAGAUAUGCGGCAAGCGUUUCACGGUUACUUCGUAUAGCAAGGCCGGUCCAGAAGGGGGUCUUCUUUGUGCAGAUUGCUCGAAAAAACAAGUCAAGGGCGACGGCAAAAAAGCACCUGCGAAGAAGCGCGUUUCCGGACCUAGCCGACGCCAAAACAAGACCAAACUUCUCGACGGAGAGACUCCUCACGGUGCUCAAAGUCUCCUCGAGAUGUGCAUCAAGAAGGUUGCCGAGAGCAUUGAUGACGUGGAAGAAUUUGGUGACUUGCCUCCGCCUGUGAUGCACCGUCUAAGCCAAAUCCUAUCCAAGAGGCGAGCAGUUACUCCGAGGAUUUUGAAUCUGUUUCUUCGUCGAAACCACAGGGAACUCAAUAUAUAUGACUGUGCCCAACUGCAAACGGACGAUUAUCACAGGAUCCUUGCACUGAUGCCUGAUCUAAUCAAACUCAACCUCCGAUUCGUCACUCCAAUGAAGGACAACAUAUUCGACUACAUGGUUGAAAACAACAAGAGCAUUCGAGAUCUACAUCUACGUGCCCCAAACCUGGUGACCGACGAUUGCUGGCGCCGGUUUUUUAUCAAAAUGGGACCACGUCUCCAAAGCUUAAAGCUAUGGGAUCUCGAUGCUGCCUUCGAUAAUAAAACUGCUGAAGUUAUGUGCGAGAAUUGCACUGGACUCGAGCGUCUAAAACUCCAACACAUUGUGAAAAUCGGCGAUGAGACCCUGACGGCAAUAUCAUCACUCAAGGCACUCAAACAUCUUUCAUUAUGGUUUUCCCAGGACACUAAACCCGAACCUCUUUUAAAGAUCAUUUCUUCGGUCGGCCCCAAUCUUCGGACUUUGUCUCUGCAAGAAUUCAAGAAUGCCGAUGACACGUUGCUCCAGUCCAUUCAUGACCACUGCCGCAGUCUAACAAAGCUACGAUUCACCAACAAUGAUCUCUGCACAGACCAAGCUCUGACUUCCCUUUUCCGCGACUGGUCCAACCCACCCUUGACCUAUCCAAUUGGACUGGCUUCAAAUGGCUUUAUUGCCCUCAUGGAGCACUCCGGAUCCAAAAUCCAGUCGUUGAGUAUUGCAUCGUGUCGCCACAUAUCACGCGACGCCUUCGAGACGGUCUUUGACGAGAACAAGCGAUACCCACACCUGAAGAAUUUCGAUAUCUCAUUCACUGGUCCCGUGGAUGACUAUAUUGCUCAGUGCAUUGUACGUUGCUGUCCAGCUCUCACAAAAUUAGUUGCCUUCGGUUGCUUCAACAUACGUGAUCUGAAAGUGAAUAUGGGCGUUGCUGUGAUUGGUACUGUGAGCGAACCCACUUUCAAGGGCAUCGCACAAGCAGAGACUAUGUGA